AUGCGAGUGACAUUCUUGCUUUUGACUCAUAUUCCAAGUGGUGUUUUAAAUGGAAGAACUUCUUUAGCAGUUGAAGUUGAGUUCCCACAGGCUGAAGAUGAUAGCGUGAAAGGGAAACUUGCGCCAAGAUACAUUGGACCAUUCCAAAUCGUGCAACAUGUCGGUGUUGUUGCUUAUCGCCUCACCUUACUUCCUGAGUUAUCUCACGUGCACAAUGUGUUCCAGAUUUCUAUGCUUCGUAAGCAUAAACCCGAUCCGGAAGCUAUUGUACAAUUGUACGACGUGCCAAUCAAGUAUGGCACGACUUACGAGGAAGUACUAGUUCAAAUUCUCGAUCGAAAGAUGAAGAGUUUACGUUGUCAUGAGAUUUCGCUAGUGAAGGUGUUGUGGCAACACCAUGGCAUUGAGGAAGCGACGUGA